AGAUGGUCAAUCGUGCAGGCGGCGAAGAGGGCGAAAAUGCGCUGGCGGGCUCCGUUAAUCCUGAUCCCUCGUGCGUAAUCAAUUAGUGGAGGCUUUCGCAAUGUUAUCUUUGUGCGAGCGAGUGGGUCCGCCGAGGCGUGGCCACCCCUGACGACUGACAUCGAUUGAGCAGCGCUCCUCAUCUCGGUGCGCGCGAGCUGGCGCGUGCGCUUCGAAAUACCGUCUGGGCACACACGCGCGGAGUUGGGUGCUUGUGUGUCACCGAGCGCUGGCUCGUCUCCGUCGCCCCCCAAUGCCGAAGCGGCGGGUCUGAACCAUGGGCUUUCGUCUCAUCGACGCCGCCAGGGCCAGAUGGAGGAGGGUGGUCCUGAGCGGCACCCUGGCGCACUGCAUUUUCUUCACGACAGCUUUCAUCCUUGCCGGCAUUGCGGUGGUGGUGGUGUCAGUGAUGCUGCUGCUGGACAGUAGCAAGUACCUGGCCAAUGAUACGGAGAACAACCAGGAUAGCCAGCUGUACUUCUCCAUCAUCUACAUCCUGCUCGCCGCGGGCUGCUUCAUGGCCAUUGUCGGCUUCUUCGGAUGCUGCGGAGCCCUGAGGGAAAGCCCCUGUAUGCUCUGCACUUUCUUCAUAUUCUUGGUGGUCAUCAUGGCUGCCGAAGUGACUGGCGGCUUCUGGGCCUGGAUGAACCUGGAGGGUUUCGAGAAAGCAGUGAAAGGCCAGGUGCAGCACAUGAUGCAUAAGGACUACUCUGUGUCUGACGUCAUCACCAAGACCAUCGACACCAUGCAGCAUGAUCUGCGCUGCUGUGGAGUCGAGGGCCCGCAGGACUGGGCAUCGGCCCGCAUCAACCAGAAGCCAUCAGAACAGGGCGGUGUUCUGGAAACUGUCGCUGAGAUUGGCAUCCAGGCCGUGGGGGCGUACCAGGUGCCACGUUCGUGCUGCGUUGAGCAGGAUUCGACCACCUGUGAAGUCAAUCGGAAGUUUGGCGGAGGGAACUUCCUCCUGCAUGGCCUGCACGCACAGGGCUGUGGAACGGCUCUUUGGAAUGGCCUGUACAAUAAUCUCGUCCUCGUUUGUUGCAUUGGCCUGGGCAUUGCAGUGUUGCAGAUCCUCGGCCUGAUAUUCACCAUGGUGCUGUGCUGUGCGGUGCGAAGGGACAGCGGGACCAGCUUCAAGGCUUGAAAGCGGCGCCCCCUGUGCUUUCCUCGUGCUCGGCGCUUGGCGCCUUUUUUGUUUUGCGCCUUCCACGGCCCCUUGCUGCUAUGUUUCCGAGCCUCCCCCAAUCUCUCUCUCUCUCUCACUCCCACGAGUGGUCAUGGCAGCGGACCAGCGGCUAUUCCAGCCUCGUUGCAGGGCUUUCGGGCACACCUUCGGAGGAUGUGACUGGUGACAAUAGCUCCUUCAGCCACGUAUUUCUAGGUGGGGUUGCUCCCUAUCGUUGCCUCAUUUCUAUUGGGUUGUUCUUGAAUAGGUGAACAGCUUGCAAGCAGCCCUCUGUCAAGCUCUUACAAAGAUCUAUAGGCUAUCGUCUGUUUUGCUUUGAAGUGCAAGUACUUCAUGUAUUGAGUACAGCACCGACAUAAAUUAGGUGACGUGUUUCUGACUGCCUAACUGACUGUUCGUAGUUGUUGAGAGACAGGUCACCAAGCUUACAAUUAAUGUAUUUAGUUUUUUUCCCAUAACUCCCACACUCCUUUGCUCAGUCAUCGAAUGCCAAGGAACAACUUGCAGUGCCAGUGCCAUGUGCUGAGCCAUUUCAAACAAGACGACCACUAUGUGAUAGCAGUGCGGACACUUUCAUGCACCAAUGCCUCAUGCUAGUUUCCGGGUGCUUGUAUUUGCAGUGCCCCAUUAAUUCUGUAUACCAUUGGCACGGCUUGCCGUGAGUGCGAAGAAAUCGUGCCAUAAGGCAGGUGCUCGUUUGUCUACGAGUUUUACUUGCUGCAGCCAAUGCUUACGCUGAGUAGGGAUUAGUUUCUAAAGAAAGUCUACCAUGUCAGCCCACUUAUUUAACUGUUGGCAUGCUUUAUUCCUCUGUUAGCGUACCUCCUCAAGUACGGAAGGUAAUGUCGAGAGAGAGAGGUUGGGAUUGACCCUGAAAAAAAAACAAGAGAGAGAGAGGCUGUUCUAAUGUCACCUCCCUGAGACAGAGAUGUUGAGGGGAUCAACGUCUUUGACUGCCACAACUGUUUAAUUGUACGUACGAGUAUAUGGUUGUAAAGGGCCUUUCUCGCAUCUUUUCGGUUGAACUGCCACCAAUCUCUACAUGCGCCCUAUUUUGUGUCUGUUUCUUUUGUACAUUCUGCGAGGCGCACCCACUUUCGCGAAGUGAUUAUUUGUGCCCGCGAGAACAAGUGCACUCUCGCCUGUUGCUGACUGUACUUAGCGUGCAUGAGCGCGUGUAGUCCUGGACAAAGUGCACCGCAAUCACGCCACGCUGAUGACUGUUGCUUGACUAGAUGGAUGUGCAUUUAUUUUUUAUGAACACAUCGUAACGUGCAUAUGUAAUUGCUGCUAGCAUGUUGUAGGAUGCUUAUUUGCCGGUGGAGCACAAUGCAUACUUAUACUCGUGGAUGGAUAUUCUCAGGGCAAUGUUGCAGCAGUGAAGAGCCCACCAAUUUUUGGAAUUUUCUCAUCCGACUGAAAUUUUAACAAAAGGGUUAAAUAAACAUUACUAUACAAGAUAUUGGUUUCUGGUGAGAGAAUGUCUGGGAUUUAUCGCGCGUAUCCUGGCCAUAGAAGAGCUGGACCCUUGAAGGCCUCAGCCAGAAAGUAAUGCGGCAGGUACGUUAGCUGCGUUACUGCAGAAUGUGUCAAACAAAAAGUUGAAGUAAUGCCAGAUUUAGUAAUGCCAUUGCUUGUAAUGCUUCUAAUAAUGCUGGAAAUGCUGUCAUGGCUUUGUCUUAUUCCUUUUUGUUUUCUACACAGCUGCAAGAGUAUGAUAAGGGCUUAUGUCUCGAUGCCAGACAGCCGAAAAAUGUGUCGCAGCAACGGCUGCUAGGCAACUAGCGUCGAAAUUGUUGGGCUUUUGCACUGCGCACGACAAGCCGCUGCAUAAUUGUUGCACAUUUCCUGUUGAAAAGCUGCCGCACGGACUGCCGUGUCUUUUGUGAAGUGCUUGAACUCAACUUUGAUGCACCACCGUUUUUUGGGAGAAUUGAAAGACACUAGACUUUUGUAUCAUAACUCUGUUGAACCUUCGGCCAUUUACAGAAGCAGAUGAACAAAGCUGUUAUAUAUCAUAUGGGGCCAAUGUUUGAGCAUUGUGUCGCAGGAAAGCCGGAGGGCCACACGAUGGCGUGUGCCCUCGUCAUUUGAGCUGUAUUCUUGCUGGCGUCGCUCCCUGCAUUGGCACAAAUUUAGGAUUUGAAGCAAAAAUUUUGAAUGUGUUUGCUCAAAGGUUCAGAGAGUCGCACGGUGUUUCCCUAAGGAUGAUGAGUUGCACAUCACUUGUUGGGCUAAUGUCCCUGUUCUUCGUUUCACGUGUUUCGUUCAUCUCAUUUAUAUAAUACUGUUUGCAUCAUCUCGUUGUGAAUAAGUCCGCUUAAUUAUUACCAUUAUUAUUUUUUCUUUCUGCAUAUCGAAGUGUUACCAGAUUUGUCUAAAUGUUGCUAAUAUAUCACAUGACAAUAGUAUUUCUUCUACAGUUUUGAGUAUUUGUACGCUAUGUACAUUUGUAGCAUCCGAAAACACUGUUGCCGAAACAUGGUAUGUGUCAUGUUUAUUCAUCGUCCUACAGUUCUUGCAAAGUAUUUCCUGUGCUGUAUUUGCAAUACAUAAAGGAGUGCAAGUGUAUAAACAGUUAUGAUCUCUGUUGUGCAUCUUUUUUUUUUCUUCUCUUUUAAUUACUGUGGAAGUUUGACAGCCAUGUAAUAUUGUGAACCCAAUAAACCUGUUUUCCUGUAUUCCACAAACAA